AUGGAUCCGGCGUCCAACGCUCAUGGCACCCAUAAGGAGGGGCCGCCGGCAGGCGUCAUCAAGGCCGCUGGCCCUACCACCGACCGCAGCCAGGAGAAACCGUCUGAUCUGCCAGUCAACCCCUCUCCUCGUCCUGCCCGCCUGGCCUCGCCGGCUUCCUCUUGCCGUGGCGGAGCCGCCGCCACCCCACCGCGCCAGGCUCUCCCCGCUGGCGUUGCUGGCCGCUCCGUAAAGUCAAUCGUGGAAUGGCUCGAGGGCCCCAAGCAGCCCGACUCGCCCCCGACGACCAGCGUCGCGUCCGGCCCGGGACGCAAGGCCACGUCAGCUGCGUCGGUGGCGUCGGCGCCCCUUGAUCAGCCCCUUGAUCAGCCCCUUGAUCACCACCGGCCUGCCGACCAGAGCAUUGCCCGCGCCGAAGACGUCGAAGACUAUUCGUUGACGUACCUCAACUAUAGAGGCUUUUACCUUGAGGCGCCACUUGCGAGGUGCCUCGACGGGGUGGACAAGGAUCUGUCCAAGAAGCCUCUCGAGGAUGUCUUCAAAGAUGCCGAGAAGAGGACUGCCUCUGGGCGCACGGUUGUCAAUGUGACCAGUCCCACGCCAUCGUCCUCGGCUGCUGCAAAGGAAAAGACGUCGACGAGUAUCGGGGAAGACGCCGACGCUUCCAAGCAAGCAGCUGUCCCGGACAAAGAGUCGGCUAACGUUGGUCAUGCAAAGGUUCCGCAAGUCACCGCCGCUGGCAGCGCAGGAGCAGCAGCAGGCCCCGCCGAGCCAGGAGGCAGUGACAUUGCAGACGCAAAGAAGGCCACCGACGGCCCCACGGGUAGGAUCGCCGCUGCCGGGAAUCAAGUGUCGGCGGCAGCACCUGCAGCAGGCGGCGAGGUUCAAGAGUUUAUCCAGCGAGAUCCGCAGGAGGUUGAGGCCUUCUAG